UCGGAAGUGGCUCCCUUUCUCUACUUAAAAUGAGAGCAAAAUUGUAGCUAGCUUAACCACCGACUCAUUUUCUUGUCUCUUUUUGGUAACUAUUCUCACCAAUCCUCUAAAAAUCUAAGCGUAGUUCAACAAUCUUUUAUUGUUUUUUACAUUAAAUAAUAAAUAUUACGCUAAAUGCAGGGCAAGAGUCCGGGGACCCCAAAUGAUGGCAAAUUCCUAGAUACGCCACAGUCUAAUAUACUAUCAUUCUAGAUCUAGAUCUGUUUUUUUUUUUUUUUUAAUUCAAGAUCAGUAUGCCUAAUUGUUUAUCAAAAUGAUUUAUUUUAAACCGACAUUUACAUUGUGACAUUGUAGGGCCUACCUACUAUCUGCAUAAUACCCCGACUUAUAAAUAUUUUACUUCACUAGAUCUAAUCAAAUCCAUAUAAUAAUAACAAUAAUAAAUCUCUUAAUUCAGAACAUUAAGGAUGCAGUUAGAUUUGCAAGACCUAGAAUUAGUAGAUCUCUAGAUCUAAUCUAGGUAGAAUAAAUGUAUAAAACAUUUGCCAGAAAAAAAAUCACUCUUCAUAUUGAUGUUACUUUUCUUGUUCCAUUUUUUUUAAAACUCAACAAAGUGCGGCAAAAGUUCCAAAUUCGCAUUCAAGACAAGUAGUUUAGAUCUAGAUCUAGAUAUAAAUCUACUAGAUCUAGAUCUAUCUAGACUGAAUUUGAAUCUAGAUUUUAUAUAGAUCUAUGUCUAGAUCUACAUCUUGGGUACCAGAAGAUUGGGUCUCAAUCAAGGAAAUCCUAUGCCGAACUGUGAGUCGACCCCUUAGUAAGGUUGUGACAGAGCGUCGCAUAACGUUUGUGGGACAUGUUCUCCGACAAAAGGAAUUACGCAUAAUAAGAGUUGCGAUGACAUUGAGGCCAUUACGAUGAAUGCGCAAAAAGGGAAAUCCCAGUAUAACUUGGCGCCACACUUUCAUGGAGGACUUCAGAGCAGAGUGGGAAGAGGCUUCAGACAUUGUAGGUGACAGAUUUUUGUGGAAGCAGCUUGCUGCCCAAUGCGCUGAAUGGUGCCUGAGGAUCUAAGUAAGUAAGAAUAGCAGAUUAGGUUUUUUGAAAAAACACUUUUUAAUAGCAGGAUAAUGCACUGUAGAUACCUCAGAAUAUGCAUUUUGUUGGCGGCGGGGUUUUUAUUUUAAAACUCCCUUACAGAUGAUUUUGAUAAAAAACGUCCCUUUUCGAUAUAAAAUCUAAAGCAAAAUACAGUCACCAAGAGCGUAGCCAAGAGAGGUAACAAGUAAGGUUGUGACAGAGCGUCGCAUAACGUUUGUGGGACAUGUUCUCCGACAAAAGGAAUUACGCAUAAUAAGAGUUGCGAUGACAUUGAGGCCAUUACGAUGAAUGCGCAAAAAGGGAAAUCCCAGUAUAACUUGGCGCCACACUUUCAUGGAGGACUUCAGAGCAGAGUGGGAAGAGGCUUCAGACAUUGUAGGUGACAGAUUUUUGUGGAAGCAGCUUGCUGCCCAAUGCGCUGAAUGGUGCCUGAGGAUCUAAAUGCGAACUUAUCAAGAAGUCUCAGAUACAGUUGAACAACUAAAACAUUUGGAUGAAAUAAAUGAAUUCCUACACAAUGUUUUCGAUGAGAUAAGUUUGAUCAAGAAGAAAGGUGAAUUGUGGAUUGAGGAAAAUGAAACUUCAACUUUCACAGAAAUGAAAGAAUAUAUUACUGGGAAAACUUCAGAAAUUUUACAACAUACUAUUUCAGUAGCAAGUACUUUCAUUGAAAAUUUAGUUGAUACUGCUCCAGUUUCAAAACAAGUUGAUAAAGAUGGUGGAGUUGUUAAACCUGGAGUCUGUCCUGAAGAGAAUCAGACCUCAGAAAAGAUCAAUGUCAAUAAGAUUAAUUAUUUGUUUACUUCACAAAGUACAAAAUUAAAGAAAUUACAGCAAAAAGUAAUUGAGCAGCAAAUGAUCAAUGAAGAUCUGGGCAAGAAACUAGAUACAUCGCUACACAAAGAUGAACAGGAAACCCCUUUACAAUUGAAGGACUUACAAGAAAAUUUGAAUAAACAGUUAGACAGGUUUAAAGAAGAUGUGAUGUCUGAACUCCACUCUGCUGGUAUCUUUAUCACACAUUUACAAACUCAGUGGGAGACUUGGUUGAAGGAACAAAAGAGUAAUAAAGAAAUAAACUUGUUGCAAUUAGGCUUAAAGGCCAAUGACAAGAUAGUGAUACAAGGACAGAAAAACUUGAGCACCACUCAGGAAGACAUUUUAAAGACUCCUGAUCAUCUUGCUAAGGCUGACACCCAUAAUGACUUUGAGAAAGAACUUAAUGAAAUAAAAGACAAUUAGUCACAAGUCUUACGCAAAGUAAAAAAUGUAGAAAGAGAAUUGAUGAGAUUAAGUGAAAGACCAGAACUUCUUUGCCAAAUAGUUAGUGAUAGUGAUGUUGAUUGUUUUGAAGGCUGUCCUCACAUCGUAGGUCAUCAUGAACAACAAAUAUCAGAAGAUGGAGAGGUUGAUCUACAUGAAUAUGUUAAAGACUGCAAGAAUAAUGCAGCUCAUACACAAUUUAUACCAGUUAAGUCACUACGGUUAAAACACCUACUUAAAGGGUACCAUGACAAAGAUGUGUACAACCUCAUCAAAGCUGCAGCUUUUCUUACUGUGAGAAUCAGUGUCACCAUGAUCAGUCCACACAGACCAGAUGUUUGGCCAAAUACAGAGGUUCCAUAUUUUUUAUUUAACAUGAUAGGAAGUCAACAUUUAAGAAUGGCAAGUGGAAUAGUGAAAGACAUUAUACCUGACGAUGAUAAAUCAUGUCCCUGUGACAAAUGUCAACAUUCAAACACACCAAGCCAAAAAUGGUGGAGAAUUGGAGUGCGCACAGCAGCUAAUGUAGUUUUUGAUGACAUCGAGGCAGGUCACUCAGUGAUAAGAUUGUUUUACGAUACAGAAGAUAGUCCAGAGUUCCUAGUGAGAAGUUUGGAAGAGGAAGCUCUUGUAGAAAAAAAUAUUAGUGAAGACUGGUGCACACUUGACUAUAUAACUUGUGAUGCCAAACUAGUCAAAAGACUUGAUAGGAUGGUGAAUCGUUAUAAUGAACUGUCUGGAAAAGUAACUGAAAAAUACAAAAACUGCCAAAACCAGGAGAAAUUAAUGUUCCUAGUUUCACAUCCUCAUGGCUUAUGUAAACAGAUUAGUAUUGGUCAAUGGGAAACAAAUUCAUUGGGAAUUUACUUAAAGUUUACUUACUCCACAUAUUCAUGUCCAGGAAGUGCUGGAGCCAUUGCCUAUUUUGUAGGUAAGGGGUUGCGUACUCACAGCGGAAAUAUGAAAUCUGGACUUAGCUAUUGCAGUGGUUAGACAUAGCCAUGCUUGUUCUUUGUUAAUCAGAAAAAAAAAAUUACAAUAUUUUAUUUUUUUUGACAUGGAUAUCUUAUUGUUAGAACUGAAAUAUUAUAAUAAUAAUCAUUGUAGUUUUAAAUAAUAUCUAUAGUAUUUCUAUCAUUUCAUUAAAAUAGAAUAAGUUUAUAUAGAUUAUAAAAAACAAGGUACAAUUAUAUAUAUUGAUAAAUAAAAUGUUAAAAGGGUUUUAUAGAUAGUAUAAAAAUGUUUUUCAGUAACCAAAAUACAAAAAACUGUUACAAGACAUACUUAAGAAAUAUAUUUAUUAUUCACUUUUUCUAAAUUAUGUAUAGACCAAUAGUAUCUUUUUAUUUUUGUCUUAAGAAUUUUUUAAGAACUUUUCCCUACUAAUAAAGAUAUAGCUACUUUAUAAUAUCAACAACAAAAAAAUCUUUAUUAUGCUGCACCCUCCUUUCAGUAGUAUAAUGAGUAGUCCUCUUACAACUUUGAUUGCUUGGACUAUUUACAUGUGUAUUUCUAUUUUAUGUUAUUGUACAAUGAACUUCGAAAUAAGAACAAACAGGCCUAAAAUAUUUCAGUAUUUUAUGUCUAUAGCUUAAGACUGUAAUGUAUUGCUGGUAUUGACAUUUUAUCUUUUACAAACAAAUGCAACCUACUUUUUCACUCCAGUUAAUACCAAUUGAAUAAUGAAGAGAAUUAACAUUAGGACCCCCUAGCAUACUUCCUUGUAGAGGAAUCUAGAGUUAUUUUUUAAGAGUGAAAGAGACAAAACACUCUGUUGCCAUUUAUUUAGGGGAAAGCAAUUGUUAUGGAUGGUGCUUAAAUAAAUUAUUGGUAAUAAUAUUGGUUAUGUUGUAACAAUGAGAUUUAAAAGAUUUAUGACACAACAUUUUAGAGCCUCAUUUUUUGACUAAAUCGUUAGAUAAUUUUUAAAAAAUUUAAUUAAAUUUCUGUUGUCCCUAUGAAUAGAAGUCAUUAAAGAGUUUGCUGAUAUUGUUAUUUAGAAGAAAAAAUAAUUAGUCAAUUGAUUUAGUAAUCACAGAAAAUCAUUUGAAUAACAUUUUUUAAUAAUGUUUAGUAAUUGUUUAUUCUUUUUUUCUUUUUCAAAAAUAAAAAAUAUCUAUUUAUCCUAAUGAAUAGAAAAAAAUAACACUUUAUUACAUAGAUUUUUUUUUAUCUCUGGAGGAUAAACUAUAAUUCUUUUUGUAUAUCUUGUGAGAAAAUAACUCAGUACUAAAUUAAUGUAAUUGUAUUCUGAUUUUUUGUUGUUGUUUGUUUUAUUUUGUAAGGUGCAUUUCUAUUAACGUGUUUUUUUUCUG